CCUCCUGGGGACCAAAGAGGACCCCAUCUCUCCGUCGUGUGCCCUGUGAGUGCCGUGUCCAACACCAUGGAUGGCGGGCCCAAGAAAGGUUUGGCUUUGAUUGGAUUCAGUCUUCUCUGCUUUAAAAUGGUUGCUUCAGCAAAAACAGCUCCUGAAAUACCCACUAUUGACCAGGCAUACUCAAAAAUCAGCAACAGUAUCACCGUGGAAUGGGCUACCGUGCCAGGCGCCACCAGUUACCUCCUCACGGCCAAAGAUGGGGACACCGUCAUUGAAACCACGGUGGCCAAUUCCCCGGGCACUGUGACGGGCCUGAAGGCUGCCACCUUGUACCAAAUCACCGUCAGCUCCAUCAGUGCCGCGGGGCGGAGCCAGGCGUCACCUCCAACGCAGGCAAAGACAGUGUUGGCCGCACCGGUUCUAGAAGUGAGCUCUCCAAGUUCAGACUCCAUCCUCGUGCAGUGGGAAGCCGUAUAUAUGGCCACCGGGUUCUCCGUGUCCAUCAUGCGAGCCAAUGGUUUGGGUAGAAUAUGGAAGGAGAAUACCACAAACACCACCUUGACAUUCACCAGUUUAGACGCCGGGACGCUGUACACCAUCAAGGCCUAUGCGUGGAAUGCCAAUGGGACCCCUGGGGAUGACUCCACCUGCAACCAGAGAACGAGUCCCCGGGCUCCCGCCGACAUUCAAGUCUCUUUUGACAGCGGGGCUCUGGCCGCGUCGGUUUCCUGGGCCCCCACGGAAGGAGCCUCUAACUACACGGCGCUGGCUCGGAGCGACUCCUCCCAGCUGAGCUGCAGCACGGCCUCCAGCGGCUGCACCAUCUCCUCCCUCCGCUGCGGGACCGAGUACCUGAUCUCCGUGUCGGCCAGCAACGAUGCGGGGUCCAGCAGGUCGGCUUCGGCGGGGACCCUGAAAACCAUUGCUUGUGCACCUGGAAGAGUGAUGAUCCAAGAAGACCCCCCUGGCCACCUGUCUGUGUCUUGGUCCAACGUGGACCUGGGUGAUUACUACGUGGCCUUUGUGAAGAGUGAUGACGGCUUGGAAGUUCACUGCAACACCUCCCUCCCCCGGUGCGACUUCCCCUCUGAAUGCGGCUUCACUUACUUCAUCAGCGUCUUUGCCUAUAACAAGGCGGGGCAGAGCCCUUUGGGAGAUGUGUUCAAUUACACCACAGCUCCCUGUUGUCCUAGCGACAUUAACCCCGUGCUGGUGUCCAGCGACCGAGUGGAGAUGGUCUGGUCUCCCGUCCGGGGUGCCGAACUUUAUGAAACCAGGGCUGCCGACGGGUUCAAUGUGGUGGAAUGCAACGACACGGCCCCCGCGUGUACCCUCUCUGCCCUGGAGUGCGACACCAAGUACAACAUCACAGUGUAUUCCUUCAGCGAAGCCCGGGGCAGCAAUACCUCCUGUGCUUCCCGACUCAUCACCACCGCUCCUUGCAGUCCCGAAAUACAAAGCAUUUCGAAGGACGCCUUCUCCGCGAUCCACGUGCACUGGAGAUCCCGGAACCAGGGCGCCACCUACACCGUGACGGCGCAGGGAGAGGAGGGGCUGUAUCGGUGCAGCAGCUCGGGCCAGGCCUGUGCCCUGGGCGGCCUGCCCUGCGGCUCCCUGUUCUCCGUCACCGCGGUGGCCGAGACGCAGGCGGGACGGAGCCUGCCCAGCUACAGUGUCCCCCUGGAGACAGUGCCCUGCUGUCCAGCCGGCCUGACGGUGACUCAGGUCACCCAAUCAGUGGUCAACGUGAGCUGGACUGUUGGGACCGGGGCCCUCACCUACGUGACCGUCCUGGCGUCCCACACUGGACAGUCUCAGUGUCGCACCCAUCAAAACCACUGCCUCCUGGGAUGCAUCACAUGUGGCGUCAACUACACGGUGGCCUUAAAAGCCAUCAGCGCCACCGGGCUGACUGCAGAAUGCGCCUACCAACGCUACGCCUCCAGUGCCUGCUGCCCGCUGGGCGUGAAGCUGUACAGGCUGGGCCCUCACGGCAUCCGGGUGGACUGGCGAGCCGCCAGGGGCUCCGCCAACUACAGCACCGACCUCUACGGCUCCAAAGGCAUUUUCACCUGCUCCCCAAGCGCCGGCCUCAGUUUCUGUGACGUCACGGAGAUACCCUGCGGGGACGUGUAUACCGUGAUGGUCUCACCGGUGGCUGAGACGGGACUGAAGCUCACCUUCUGUCCCAAAAAAAUAUACUCAGUCACCUGCUCUGGAAGUACACUGGGAAUGGUGAUUUACAGAGGGAAGAGACAUGCAGAGUGACCGAGCGAGCGAGGCGCCGUGACAACGGAGGCUUGGCCUAGGUUGUCUCAAACGUUAGUGUGACUAGAGAUGGACAAGCUCCAUUAGCCUACACAAUGCAUCUAGCACAGGACUAGCUCUUUAGAAGAACAACUCUGACUCCGGAAGGCGAGGUCAGGAUCCCGGCCGGUGUGGCUCAGUGGUUGAGCGUCAACCUACGAACCAGGAGGGCACGGUUCCAUUCCCUGU